AUGGCUUGUAGCUUCCACUUUGUUGCCUUGCUCCUCUUGCUCGUAUUCUUCUCCCUCUCUUCUGCUUCCGCAUCGGCCACCUCCGGGCACAGAACCGGCGGCAAUGCCACCGCUACCGCGACGCUGAGGCCAGGGCUCAAGCAGAGGAGGAUCAGGGCUCUCCUCAACAAGCUCAACAAGCCUUCUGUCAAGACUAUUGAGAGCCCAGAUGGCGAUUUCAUUGACUGCGUCCCGUCUCACCUCCAGCCUGCAUUUGACCACCCAAAGCUCAGGGGACAAAAGCCUCUGGAUCCACCGGAGAGGCCCAAGAACUACAACUCUACCAUUCCCGGAGAGAGCAGCGCGGGUGCGGUGGUGGUGCAGGCGUGGCAUGCCACAGGCGAGGCUUGCCCGGAAGGGACGGUGGCAAUGCGGCGGACGACGGAAAGAGAUCUGCUCAGGGCCAGCUCCCUCAGGAGGUACGGCAAGAAGCUGGCACGCCGGAGUACUCGGCGUGAUUCCACCAGCAGUGGGCAUGAGCAUGCAGUUGGAUAUGUGAAUUCUGAGAAAUACUAUGGGGCCAGAGCUAGUGUUAAUGUGUGGUCACCCAGGAUAGGUGACCCCUCUGAGUUCAGCCUGUCACAGAUCUGGGUCCUCUCUGGCUCCUUCGGCAAUGAUCUCAACACCAUUGAAGCUGGAUGGCAGGUAAGCCCUGAGCUGUAUGGGGACAGUAAUGCCAGGUUCUUCACUUACUGGACAACUGAUGCGUAUCAAGAGACCGGGUGCUACAACCACAACUGUCGCGGCUUCGUCCAAACGACCAACAAGAUCGCCAUCGGCGCAGCUAUCACGCCAGAAUCGGUGUACAACGGCAGGCAGUUCGACAUUACUCUGAUGAUAUGGAAGGAUCCCAAGCACGGGCAUUGGUGGCUGGAGCUCGGCCCAGGUGUCGUCGUGGGCUACUGGCCGUCGGGCCUGUUCACCCACCUGGCACACCACGCGAGGAUGGUGCAGUUCGGCGGCGAGAUCUUCAAUGCAAGGCCGACGGGAUCUCACACGGCGACGCAGAUGGGCAGCGGGCACUUCCCCGGCGAGGGGUUCGACCGCGCCGCCUACUUCCGGAACCUGCAGGUGGUGGACUGGGACAACAGCAUCAUCCGGGCGUCCAACCUGAAGCUCCUCGCUGACCAUCCCGGGUGCUACGACAUCCACGGAGGGUUCAACAGCUACUGGGGCACAUACUUCUACUAUGGAGGGCCAGGGAGAAACGUGAAAUGCCCCUGA